AUGCAGCUGCGCGACGAGUAUUCCACCUUGAAGAAGGAUGCAUACAGGCACCUCGCAGAUCUUAAGCAUGAUAGGGAGGAGCUAAGGCAGAAGGGGGCCGAGGUAAAUGACGAGCUAAGUGCUGCGAAGAAGAUCCGCAUCAACUUGGACCUGCUAAAAAAGGAGUUAGAAGUCAAGGAAAACGAGUUGGAGCUGGAGCGCGCAAAAGUUGGCGAGGAGCAGUUGCACUGCUUGCAGACGAAGAAGAGAUAUGAGGCGCUUAUCAAAUCGAGGCAGACAAAGGAAAUGCUCGACAAGCGGCGGAAGGACGCACUUCCGACGCAGGGCAGAAAAAAAGUCCGGAGAGUGUCGGCGGAAGGAGCACCUUCCUCUGACGACGAAUCAGGCGAUGAUGACAAGGCGAGCAAUACCACACAUUUGAGCGCGACUUUUCGAAGCGAGGGGACGCGGUCUCAAUCUGAAAGGCCGCUAGCAGUAUUCGGAAGCCAGCUGUCGAAACCGUCUCGCCUGAACAGACCCGUUGCGCCGAGAAGAGACAGAGCAAAGCUUUCUCAGUUUACUCCAAAGCGCAGCAAGGUGCAGCGGCCUAUGGGUGGGGUAGGGGCUCGCUCGCGAAUAAGAUAA